AUGAUGGAAGUACUGAAGGAAGUAACUGAGCUGAAUGAGCCUCUCUCAAAUGAGGAUAGAAACCUGCUGUCUGUAGCCUACAAGAAUGUAGUUGGAGCUAGACGAUCUUCCUGGCGUGUCAUCAGCAGCAUAGAGCAGAAGACUAUGGCAGAUGGGAAUGAGAAGAAGCUGGAGAAGGUUAAAGCCUAUAGGGAGAAGAUAGAAAAGGAGCUUGAGACAGUCUGCAAUGAUGUUUUGGCUCUCCUAGAUAAGUACUUGAUCAAGAACUGCAAUGACUUCCAGUAUGAGAGCAAGGUCUUUUAUCUGAAAAUGAAAGGGGAUUACUACCGCUAUUUGGCAGAAGUAGCUGCUGGAGAGAAGAAGAACAGUGUUGUGGAAGCCUCAGAAGCUGCCUAUAAAGAGGCUUUUGAAAUCAGCAAAGAGCACAUGCAGCCCACUCACCCAAUUAGGCUUGGGCUGGCACUCAAUUUCUCAGUGUUCUACUAUGAAAUCCAGAAUGCUCCUGAGCAGGCCUGCCUUUUAGCCAAACAAGCCUUUGAUGAUGCCAUAGCAGAGCUGGACACACUAAAUGAGGAUUCCUACAAGGACUCCACUCUCAUCAUGCAGUUACUUCGAGAUAACCUCACUCUGUGGACGAGCGACCAGCAAGAUGAAGAAGCAGGAGAGGGCAAUAAUUAAAAAGCUUUCCUCUAAUCCCUCUUUCAUCCACUUCACCAUCCCCAUCAUCACCAAUAUUUCCUUGCCACAGUCACACUAAAUAUCUAGUGCUAAGCAUAUCUGUAUUGUACAGCUGUUCAGAUCUGCUGUCCACUUUAUCAAGAAGCAGUUUCAGAUGAGUCUUCAUGGGCAUUGAUGGAUUGAUUGGUUUAUUGGCCCUAUUUAUCUUAGUUGCACUUGGACAGUGCAGAAAGAUGCAUAGUAAAUGAGGCAUAUUUAGUUUGCCAGUUGAUUGGAAAAUCUGGGAAAGAAUAAUGGAAAACGAUUGAAGAUGAUUAGAUUCCAGUUAAAAUUUUUUUCCAUUUGAAAUGAGCUGACAGUUCUGUUAAGCAGUACAUUUUGUGCAUGCAAAGUAAAUUAGCCAUCCCAAAUUUUUUUCAGUCAAUGAAAACAGUUAAGCUGACGUGAAAUGACAACCCUGUUCAUCAGUUUACAAUAAACUGUUUGAAAUGUGAGGUUUCAGUAGCAAUUUGGGUUUUUUUGCCUCUAACUUAUGUGCACAGUUUCUUUUAAUGCGGUGCAUCUGCCUAAGAGUUUUGAUACUUGUAACCUUUUGCAGUUGUUUUGAAGAAUCAUGAAUUUAUUUUUUGUAAACUCUUUGGCUGUUUAGUUGUCUGUGUAUUCUGACAACACUAUGUCAAUAUUAGCCCAUGUUAAGAUGGAUGACUGAGAUGCCCGACUUCUAAAUUAAAUGUUUUGGAAUUAAAUGAAUAAAAUAAAAUGCUGCUUUGGGGAUGUUAUCUCUA